CCCUUUCGGACGAGUUUGCCAUGACAAAGCACAACCUGCGACACGCGAAGGAGUUGACGCGGACCGGUGUGCUAAAGGAAGUAAUGAUCGAAUACAAGGCGAUCAAGGACAAGCUGGAGCAGGGGAAAGGAAAAGGGGCGAAGGGCGCAGAGCAAGCGUACUUCGCCGACGGUGAGGGCCGCAGGGAGCGGUACUCAAGUAGGAGUCAGGGGCAAGGUCGUGGUCGUGGCGGCGGCCGUGGCCUCAGCAGCAGUCGUGGCCGCGGCGGAGGCGGUCGCGGCGGCGGCGGCGGCGGCGGCGGUCCGGCGGACGCUCAGGCGGAUCCGGAGGAGUCGAGGAGAGCAAGGGAAGCAGCAGUGGAGGCGCCGAUCGCGGCGGUGGCGGGGAGNGAAAGAAAAAGGGGCGAAGGGCGCAGAGCAAGCGUACUUCGCCGACGGUGGGGGCCGCAGGGAGCGUCGUGGCCGCGGCGGAGGCGGUCGCGGCGGCGGCGGCGGCGGCGGCGGUCCGGCGGACGCUCAGGCGGAUCCGGAGGAGUCGAGGAGAGCAAGGGAAGCAGCAGUGGAGGCGCCGAUCGCGGCGGUGGCGGGGAGUAUAAGUUCCCGGGCCGGUGCUUUAGGUGUGGACGUCGUGGACAUCAAGCGAUCGGUUGCACUGCCAACGAGAAGGACUUCAUGCCGUGGUGUGCAUGCUGCGAGGGGUGGGGCCACACCAAAGAAAAGUGCGCGACGGAGGAGGCCGUCCUAGUGCAAGUGGUGGAGCAUGAGAGCGACGUGGCCUCCGUGGAAGACCAGGCGUUUUGUGCCGCGGCAGUCCCCCCAGGCGAGUGUGGUACCGUUGGUGAAGUAGGUUUAGUGGGGGUUGUGGAACAGGGCCAGGCGGUGUACGUGGCCGACACAACGGCCACGUGCUCCAUGUUCCGAUGUGCAGACAACCUCGUGAACUACCGUGAGCGUAGCGAUUGGGUGAAGGGGAUCGGAGGCGACAAGGCCCCCGUUCCCCUUCUAGGAUACGGAGAUGUGACCUUAGUCCUACAGGCGGAAGAUGGUGGAGUACCCGCAUUAGUACUGAAUGCUUCCCAUGUUCCAGAGGCCCCCUACAACCUCCUCUCGCUGUCUUCGUUGGCGGAGGAGGGCCACAUGUAUCUGGGGAUGAAGGGGGGCCUCACGCUGACCAUGAAAGCCGGGGGGGAGGUGUUGAUACCCCGGACUGGAAAGCUGCUGACCCAACGAGGCUAUCAUUGCUAUCAUUGUCAACAAUACACACCGCUUGUGCCGCAAUCAUUGUUCCUGGCGAUGCGAAAGCAGCCACCCCACUGACCUCAACGAGUACCACCUCGCGCACGGCCAUGCCCACGAGACAUUGCUCAGGAUCACGGCGGAGAAGCAGGGAGUGCAGCUGACGGAUGGACCACUGCUACCCUGUCUUGGCUGUCGAUGUCCAAGGGACAAGUGAAACCCGUCCAGAAGAGCACGAGCACACGCGCAGCUGCUACCUCUCGCAGAUGACGAGGAGGGCGGGCAGGGCGAGAGCAGAGCGGAUGCAUCACGCCAAGGUUGGGGGGGGGAGAGAGACUCAGAGAUUGAGUCCGACCUCGAUGUGAUGGAGGCUCGUGGGCCAGGGCAAGCGACGCCGUUGUGCGCGAGGAGGCGCCGACGGCUCCCGGCAACGGGAUUCCGGGGCAUGGAGGCAGCGUUCCCCCGUCACCCCCUUCGGGAAGGGGCGACUUCGGCGGAGGCAGUGACAGCCCCACCGACAGUAGCAGCAGCAGCAGCAGCAGCAGCAGCAGCAGCAGCAGCAGCAGCAGCAGCAGCAGCAGCAGCAGCCCGAGNGAGCAGCAGCAGCAGUGACGCCGGCGGUGCCGGCGGCCCGGGCGGCGAAGUGUCCGGGGACCCAGGUGGGGACGGCGGUCGCGAUGGUGAUCCCGGCGAGAACCUCGUUGAGUUGAAGUAUGACCCAGCCGACGACCGCUACCCCCGCGGGCUAGAUAGAAGGGAAGAAACUCCUCUGGGGCGCCUCGAAUACUGGCCCGCUGCACCAUGGGCUUGAUAGUGCCCGCACGCGGAAGAAGACCCGGGAGAUGCAAGGUGCCGGGGAGAUGCCGGGGCCCGGAGAAACACCGGACCCGGAAGAGGCAUUGCUCGCGACCAUCCUGGAAACUGGCGGGACGGGGAUUGUUGAGGACUACAUCUGCAACUCGCUUGUGAAGGAGCAGUGGGACGAGGAGCAGACACGCCGUAUGGAGGAGAUGUACAGGCGCGAGAUGCAGGAGGUGUUGAGCCCGGAACAGC